AUGUUCAAACCGUUGCGGAACAUACAAGAUCUUAAAAAUGGAUAUGAUACUUAUGCAGAAUCAUUUUACAAUAACAAAUUACACCUUGAAAAAGCACUGGAGUAUCAUGAAAAAUUAGACGAACUGAAGAAUUCAUUUGAAACUGCAAAGCAAUUACUUCAACAACAUUUAGAGGAUUUAGAAAAACAGAAUACGUCUCAAGAUGAUCACGAUAAUCCAAUAGGUGUACAAAAUAUUAUUCAAGCUGGUGAUGCGAUGCAAGAUUUUAAAGAUCUUGGUGACAAACAGGAAAUCGAUGUAUCUGAAAUGAUUUCAAAAUUGAAUGCGGAUCAAAGAAGAGUAUUUAAUAGAGUCACUGAUACUAUAUCAUCAGAUAAAGAAAUACUACAGUUAUACGUUAGCGGAGAAGGAGGUAUUGGCAAAAGUUUCUUGAUUCAAACAAUUAAAUCUUGGAUAAAACAAAAUCUCAACAAAGAUACUGCUAUAACAGCACCUACUGGUAUGGCAGCAUUUAAUGUAAAUGGUUUGACAGCUCACAGAUUAUUCCAAUUACCCGUUGAACAUGGUCGUACUCCUAAAUAUAAACCAUUAGCUGAUCAUGUUUUAAAAAUUUUACGAACAGAUCUUAAAGAUGUUAGUCUCAUUGUAAUUGAUGAAGUGUCAAUGAUAUCUAAUAUAUUUUUUAUGUAUAUAAACUUACGACUAUGUGAAAUAUACAAUAGUACUGAUUGUGAUGAUGGUUGGUUUGGUCGAAAACACGUUCUUUUAUUUGGAGAUCUGCUUCAGUUACCUCCUGUACUUGAAGAUCCUGCUUUUAUACACUUGACAGAAGAAAAAAUUCGUAAAUAUCUUGGUUCUUUAAGUGCUACUAAUCUAUGGACUACUUUAUUUGAUUAUGAUGAAUUGACGAUUAAUAUGCGUCAGCAAGGAGACGGAUCUUAUCGUGAGUUACUUUCGAGAAUUCGCGUUGGUUUGUUAAUACCAUCUGAUUGCGAUAUUCUUGAAAAAAGAAAAAUAUCUUUCAAAGGUGAGUCUUUUGAGACAAGAUUAAACGAAUUAUGUGAUUUCAUUAAUAAUUUCACAUCUAUCGUUUGUUUAUUACCUAACAAUCACAUGUGUGAUCAAUUAAAUGCUGCAAUGUUAAAUCGUAUUACUUCGAAAGAAAUAUUUUUAAUUGCUGAAGACACGAUUGAUUGUAUUUCAUAUAUGAAAAAAAAAGUAGAAAAGGUAUUGUCAAAUAAUGAUGACGAUGAUACCAAAACAGCUGGACUGUCAAGACGAAUUACAAUUAAAAUUGGAGCGAAAGUUAUGAUAAGACGUAAUAUUGAUGCUAGUUUGGGACUUGUAAAUGGUACAAUUGCUACAGUUAUAUCAGUUUCACAGGAUAAAACUACUGAUUACAUAGAAAAGAUAAAAGUUCAUUUACCAUCUGGUUUAGAGUAUUUCAUUGAAAGAGUGGGUGUUAAGUUUCCAGUGAUGGAUAGAGUGUAUGUUACUAGAAAACAAUUUCCAUUAUCU